AUGGUGGUGGUGGUUGUGUUUGCCAAGGUGGUUGUGGCGGUGGUGCUGGUGGAGGUCAUUGUUAUGUUGCUUGUGGGCGUGGUGUUGGUGCCCGUGGUAGUGGUGGUGGUGGUGGUGGUGGUUGUGCUACGUGGUGGUGGUGGUGGUUGUGGUGGUGGUUGUUCUGUUGGUCAUGGUGGUUGUGGUAGUGGUGGUUUUGCUGUUGGUCGUGGUGUUGGAGGUUGCCGUAGUGAUGGUUGUCAUGGUGGUGGUUGGUUUCGUGGUGGCGGUGCUGACGUUGGUCGUGGUAGCGAUGGUCGUGGUCGUGGUAGUAGUGGUUGUGGUAGUCGUGGUGGUGAUGAUGGGGGGGGUUGCCAUGGUGGUUGUGGCGAUGGUGCUAGUGGUGCUAGAAGUGGUCGUUAUUAUGGUUCUAGGGCCGUGGUGCUUCUGGCUGUGGUAGUGGUGGUGGUUACCUACGGUGGUGGUUGUGGUGGUGGUGAUGCUGGUGGUAAUGGUUAUGAUGGUGGUGGUAGUGGUGGCUGUGGUGGUAGUGAUGGUGGUAGUUGA